AUGGUAUCUGAAUCUACAAGCAAAACAGCUACAUUUGUUCCAGCGGAAAUUAUCAUCCAUAUCCUGUCGUAUCUGCGAGAUCAGCCCGCCGGCCAGCACACGCUUUUACUCAUGCUGCUUGGUGUCCCGGCAGUGAGGCCAUAUAUAUGGGGGAGCAACUUUGAAAAGUUCGCUUUAGCGGUCUGCCCGCCAGCUGCAGCGUAUGCUCCAAGAGGCGACCUCGGGCGCUUUGUGCGAUGGCUGGAUUUUGGCGGGCUGGUGCAUCAUCUUUCCACUAGCAUGACAACAAGAUUUCUAGGAAGAGUCAGAGACAACGUCGAGGUUUUUGUUGCACCAGCCAGUGGUUUUUCAUCAGUCAAUCUCAGCGCCGUUUCUAAAUGUAGAAGGCUUCUCACACUAGAUUUAAUACACGUCAUUAAACAAAUCGACUUCCAAGACAUCAAAAAGGCCGUCCGGCGACUGGAUGAUCUCCAUCGUCUGCGACUCCCCCGUGGCACAAACAUAAAUACACCAGCAAGUCAUGUAUCGUGGCCGCCAAAUCUUAGAAAGCUGGAAAUCACUGGACGGCUAGAUCUCGCUCUUAUGGGUACAUUCGACUGGCCACCCAGAAUCUCCAGUCUAGUAUUGGCCGGGGAAGCUCUGAGAGAGCCGGUGAUGAUACCUGCUAUACUUGAGAAUCCGUAUCUACACGAACAUUUGCGGCGGCUAAGAGUCCCCUAUGAAAGCCACCAUACACUCGAGCACGCUGAGAUGCUGGCCCGACAUAUCUCUAACCUUUACUAUCUUGCAGUUCAGGGAGAUCUAGUCCGAUCUUCCUUCUUCCGCGCCCUUGCUUUGCUACAGUCGCCUCUACCUUUAGAGAUACUCUCCUUCGAAGAAUCCCAAGAGUUUCCGGACUUCUCCAAGAACGACUUUAUUGACGCGCUGGAUGGAGGUUUGGGGAAUCUUCGGCUGGUUGGAAUACAUGAAUCCCUUUUAUCCCCGCUGAGAAUGGUCUCAGAUGAUGAACUCGACGAGUAG